AUGAUCUCGACCGACGCUCAGCCCCUCCUCAGAUCCUGCUCCCAAUGCCGUGCCAAGACCAAUGUCCCUGCGCACCUCUAUUUCAGUCGCAAGGGCGAUGGCAGCUAUAAUAGUCUUUGUGAUGAUUGCUGUGCCAGACAGAGACUCAAGAACGAGAGACGCAAGAUCGCCACAGCCAAUACCAAAGUCGAUGAUUCCAGUGUCUCCAAGAAGUGCACCAAUUGCAAGGUGGUCAAACCUCUCGAUCAAUAUCGGACCAAAGGAGAAAAAUUGACCAACUCGUGCAUCUCAUGCCUCGACAAAUUCGCCCGAAGCGAUCAGUCCCGCGGAACCAACAAGGCCACUCGCGAGAUCACCAGGCAGCAGCGCAAGCAACAAGCAGGUUCUGCUUCAUCCGAGAUGCCUAUCGAAGAGAGGAAUGCUAUCCGCCUCGAAUACGAGCAGGAAGUGAGGGAGCAAUCGACCAGCAUCCUCACCCCCGAGGAGCUCGAGGAAGUCGAGCGAAAGAGGGCCAUGAACAGAGAGCGUCAGCGCCGCUACCGCGAGCGCCAAAAGGCCGGUGUGCAGGAUGUCGCCGAUUCUGCUUGA